AUCGGAAUGUCAGCGGGUGAAGAAGGCACAUGAACACAUCUGUCGUGCUGCUGGUGGACCACAAUGCAUCACGACUGCUACACUCUGAUUUCCGAGCUUCGCAGUAACACAGCAUCUGUGAUGGCUGAGGGAAAUCACAGCGAUAUCAUUUAAUAUGCGCUUUAUUGAGAGCAUAAGGUUAAGGGUGCCACCGGACCAGUCUCAAAAUGACCACCGGCUUCAGCUCGAAUUCCUGUCGGUUCGCAGAUUAUUUUGUAAUCUGCGGACUCGAUACCGAGAGCGGGUUGGAACCAGACGAACUGUCCGCUUUAUGCCAGUAUAUAGAGGCUACUAAAUUCAGAGAUGGGGCCAGAGGAAACUUGGCGGGUGCAGAUGAAGGUGAGAACUUUGAGCAGAGCCCCCUGCGGAGAACCUUCAAGUCCAAAGUGUUAGCGCACUAUCCAGAGAAUGUGGAAUGGAACCCAUUUGACCAGGAUGCAGUUGGCAUGCUGUGCAUGCCAAAGGGCCUGGCCUUCCGGACGCAGGUGGACACACGGGAGCCCCAGUUCCACUCGUUCAUCAUCACUCGGGAGGACGGCUCUCGGACGUACGGCUUCGCCCUCACCUUCUUCGAGGAGGUGACCAGCAAGCAGAUCUGCAGCGCCAUGCAGACCCUCUACCACAUGCACAACGCCGAGCAGUACGACAUCCUGCACACGCCCGCCACCUCCCCGCAGGGGCCCGAGGACGCCGCGCCGCGGCCCUUCCCGCCGCUGCCGCCGCGCCAGCUCCCCAGGCCCCAGCCCACGCUCCAGGCCGCCCCCGCCAUCUCCCGCCUGCAGCGCUUCAACUCGUACGACAUCAGCCGGGACACGCUGUUUGUGUCAAAGUGCAUCUGCCUGAUCGCCCCCAUGGCCUUCACGCAGGCCAGCAGGAAGGUGCUGCAGCAGCUCCACCUGGCCGUCACCGCCCCCAAGCCCCCGCCCCUCCCGCUGGAGAGCUACAUCUACAACGUGCUCUACGAGGUGCCGCUGCCGCCGGCCGGACGCUCCCUCAAGUUCUCUGGCGUCUACGGGCCCGUGGUGUGCCAGAGGCCCAGCACGGCCGAGCUGCCCCUCUUUGACUUUGCCAUGGCCGAGGUGUUUGACCUGCUGGGGGUGGAGAACGUGAUCCAGCUGUUCACCUGCGCGCUGCUGGAGAUCCAGAUACUGCUCUACUCCCAGCAUUACCACAGGCUGAUGGCGGUGGCAGAGAGCAUCACAGCGUUAAUGUUCCCGUUCCAGUGGCAGCACGUCUACGUGCCCAUCCUGCCUGCCUCCCUCCUGCACUUCUUGGACGCUCCGGUGCCCUACCUUAUGGGGCUCCACUCUAACGGACAAGAUGACAGAACCAACCUGGAGCUGCCCCAGGAGGCCAACCUGUGUUUUGUGGACAUUGACAACCAUUUCAUCGAGCUGCCGGAGGACCUUCCCCAGUUCCCCAACAAGCUGGAGUUCAUCCAGGAGAUCUCGGAGGUGCUUGUGUCCUUCGACAUGGCCCCUGAGGGGAACCUCCUCCGCACCAGCGCCGCUCAGGCCAAAUUCCUGGUGGGCGGGGGCGGGGGCUUCCGCGCCCCAGACAUGUUCCCGGACAACCGCAACGCUAACCUGGCCAGCUCGCCCCUCAACUCCUACCUGCUGAGGGAGAACGAGACCAUAGCAAGACUGCAGGCCUUGGUCAAGAGGACAGGAUUGAGUCUGGAUAAGCAACUGGACGUGAGGGAAGACUCCAGCAGUAACAAGGACUCCAGAGUGCAGUGCGACCAGGAAGAGCUGCUGAUGCACCAGAUCAACAUCCAGGUGCGCGAGGUGUUUGCCAACCGCUUCACGCAGAUGUUUGCCGACUACGAGGUGUUUGUCAUCCAGCCCAGCCAGGACAAGGAGUCCUGGUUCACCAACCGAGACCAGAUGCAGAACUUUGACAAGGCUUCCUUCCUCUCCGACCAGCCUGAGCCCUAUCUGCCCUUCCUGUCCCGCUUCCUGGAGACCCAGAUGUUUGCCUCCUUCAUCGAUGGCAAAAUCCUCUGCCACGACGAGGAGGACAAGGAGCACUCGCUGCGGGUGUUCGACGCCCGCGUGGACAAGAUCCGCAUGCUGAACGUCCGCACCCCCACCCUGCGCACCUCCAUGUACCAGAGGUGCACCAACAUCGAAGAAGCGGACAACCUGCUUAAAAAGCGAUUUGAAAAACUGGAUUUUGUGGCCCCUGAACCACACGCCAUUGACCAAGGCGAUGACGAAGCCCCCAUUAAGAAGGCCAUCGAGAUGAGGGUGACGAAGAUGGACCACACCGCCCUGCACCCCCACCUGCUGGACAUGAGGAUCGGCCAGGGCCGCUACCAACAAGGCUUCUUCCCCCGCCUGCAGUCUGAUGUGCUCUCCGCCGGACCCACCAGCAACAAGUGGGCCAAGAGGAGCGCCCCAGCCCAGUGGAGGAGAAGGGAUCGGCAGAAGCAGCACGCAGAGCACCUCUAUUUAGAUAAUGACCAGAGAGAGACACAUACGUGCAUACACAAAAACACACGCACUCAGCAUGCAGAGUGUCUGUUUCCGGAGCUGCAGCUCCUGCUGUUUCUUGACUGCUACUGGCUCUCUCAGGCCUACAAGCCCUGUCUAAAGGCUGUCUCUGUGGAUGUGAAGUACAUCCAGGAGGCCAGGAACCUGGGGACCACGAUCAGGCAGCCCAAACUGUCCAACCUCUCCCCUUCCGUCAUUGCUCAUACCAAUUGGAAAUUUGUAGAGGGACUGCUUAAGGAGUGCAGAAACAAGACGAAGCGCAUGCUGGUGGAGAAGAUGGGCCGGGAGGCGGUGGAGCUGGGCCACGGGGAGGUCAGCAUCACGGGGGUGGAAGAGAACACUCUCAUCGCCAGCCUCUGUGACCUGCUGGAGAGGAUCUGGAGCCACGGGCUGCAGGUUAAACAGGGCAAAUCUGCCUUGUGGUCCCACCUGCUCCACUACCAGGAGAGCAAAGAGAAGAAUGAUGCAACACCAGGCGGAUUAGGACCCCCAGGUUUCAUUCACGACUCUGAGCGGCGCAAAUCCGAUGGAGGCUGUGCCAUGCCCCCUCUAAAAGUCUCUCUGAUACAGGAUAUGAGGCAUAUUCAGAAUAUCAGUGAGAUCAAGACAGAUGUGGGCAAAGCAAGGGCCUGGGUGCGCCUUUCCAUGGAGAAGAAACUGCUCUCCAGGCACCUGAAGCAACUGCUGUCCGACCACGAGCUUACAAAAAAACUGUAUAAGCGCUAUGCUUUCCUGCGUUGUGAUGACGAGAAGGAGCAGUUCCUCUACCAUCUCCUCUCCUUCAACGCUGUGGACUACUUCUGUUUCACCAACGUCUUCACCACCAUCAUGAUCCCCUACCAUGUGCUGGUGGUCUCCAGUAAGAAGCUGGGGGGCUCCAUGUUCACAGCUAACCCCUGGGUGUGUGUUUCCGGGGAGCUGGCUGAGACCGGGGUGCUGCAGGUUCCCAGGAACACCCUGGAAAUCACUUUUGAGUGCCAGAACCUAGGUAAGUUGACCACGGUUCAAAUAGGCCACGACAACACAGGACUUUACGCCAAGUGGCUCGUGGAGAGCGUCGUGGUGCGCAACGAGAUCACCGGACACACCUACAAGUUCCCAUGCGGCCGGUGGCUGGGGAAAGGGGUGGACGACGGCAGUCAAGAGAGGAUCCUGGUGGGAGAGCUGGUGACCGCCAGCGCGGAGAACGACGAGCGCAUGUGUCGGACCCCCCCCAUGCAGCAGUCCCCAGGCAUGAUGAGGAGGUUUGUCACCAUCUCGCCAAGCAGCAAACCAAAAUUAAACACAGGUCAGAUCCAAGAAGGAGUUGGGGAGGCCAUCAAUGGAAUCGUUAAGCACUUCCACAAGCCAGAGAAGGAGAGGGGCAGUCUGACUCUCCUGCUGUGUGGGGAAUAUGGUCUGGUCUGGGCACUGGAGCAAGUGUUUCAGCAUGGCUUCAAGUCACCCCGGCUCUUCAAGAAUGUCUUCAUUUGGGACUUCUUAGAAAAGUCCCAAGUCCACUUUCAGAAUGCAGAGCAGCGGGGCGUGAGCCUAGAUGAGAACUGGCAAACAAGAGUGAGCGACUUCUGCCGCUUCAUGCGUGCCAUCAACAGCACAUCCCGAAACAUUGGAAAGGACGGAAAGUUCCAGAUGCUUGUAUGUCUCGGAGCGAGGGACCAUUUGCUGCACCAUUGGAUUGCUCUGCUUGCAGAUUGCCCCAUCACGGCCCAGAUGUACGAGGAGAUUGCAAUGAUUAAGGAACACUCAUUGGUAAAUUCUUUGAUCAGAGUGCUACAGACAUUGCAAGAGUUCAACAUUACCCUAGAAGCUUCUCUUGUUAAAGGUGUUGGCAUCUAAUAAGACCGCUCCUUUCUGCUGUUGGGACGGAGUAGGAAAGAUUUUGGGACCACACAAAAACAACAACAAAAACCAUAGUAACAUUUUUUAAAUAGGAGGAGACUUGAACAAAUGAGGUUUUCUGGCUUAUAUUAAAGCUACUGAUACGUUUUGCCAUAUAUAAAUAUGAAGUGCAAUGAGCCUUUCAAGAUGUGUUACGUUUAAAAUAUGUUUUCUAUUAUGAUCCAUGACUUUGACAUUACUGAUGAUAACCCACUUGUGCUUUACUGUUGAAAUACAAUAUUUUCAUUGUUGUUAUUAAGUGCUGACAAUAGCGAUAUUUGGGAAAACAAGAAUUGUUUCAUAUAUUUUCAAAGAUAACAGUAUUAUUUUGUUAUGUCUGACAAGUUGCUUGCUCUGUUGUAACUCAGAUGCAAAUGUCAUAAUACAGAGCUUGAAGCAAAAUAUGUAAAAGUAUGCUUUAUAAGUAUGCCCAUGACAGGGGAUGUAUGUUUUUGUAGUAUGGAGAUAGAUUCAAUUACAUGAACCAAACAGUGUCUUGUUUGUUUGGCUAUUCUCUGAAAAGUAUAGAACUAUGAAAAUAUAUUACAUGGAUCAGUCUCAUGGCAGUGGAUCUACAGCAAAUGUCUGAGCUACUGAGUGUGAGGCAUUGCUCUUGUUCUGUACAUCGGUUCACCAUCACACACCUCUUAUUUAGGGGAAUGCUGGCUAUUAUUAACAUUUUGUGCAAAUAGCUUUAACCAGGCCCUGAUACUCAUCCCUCAUUAAACUAUUAACACUACGCCUGCUGUCUGAAGAACAUUUGAGUAUGAUUGUUUGGUACUGUUUUGAGAUUUGGAAAGACAUCUACAUGACCAUAUGUUGGGAUGCCACACACUUCACUUCUGAUUUGUCAUGGAUUCUGCUAUGCAAUCUCCAGGUGAAAACAUUAUUGGGCUUAGAGGCAGGACAAUUUUGGAGAGUACUCGCCAUCUCUUUACUUUAUUAAACGUUACUGUGCAGGACAAGGGAUUUGAUAUAAGAUGUGAAGGAUGGAUUUGCCUGUGCCAACAACAUCUGGAUUAUUUCUGUUGUACUUCUGUGUUCAAUUUACAUGAGCAUCUUGGGAUAUAUAUAUUUUGUUUUCCAAUACUAUUGUACAUUUAUUGACAUAGCUGUGUAAUGUAGUGUUUACUAAGUGGGCAACUGUGUACAGUGUAAAAAAUAAAUAUAUAUGUAUAAAGAAUAAAACGUACGUAAGCAUAAAAA